UCGAAAUAGUUGAAACAAACAAAACAAAAAUCCGCGCGCCUUUUUGCAGCUCUUCGACUCCAGCUCUGACGACGACGUUCUUCUCUUCUUGUGUUGCAGAGUCCCGCCCCCGUGUACAAGCUGAUCAUGCACCUGUCCGUGGCGGACGUGGUCGUCUCGCUAGUCUGCAUCGCCGGGGAGGCCAUCUGGAUGUUCAUGGUGCAGUGGACGUUCGGCAACGUGGCCUGCAAGGUGUGGAAGUUCCUCGAGAUGACGGCGCUGCACGGCUCCUCGUACGUCGUCGUGCUGAUCGCGCAGAACCGCUGGGUGGCCGUCAACCACCCGCUGGCCUCGCGGCGACACAAGUCCUCUGUGUGCGACCUCGUCCGGGACGUGGUGCGCUGCGCUUCGCCGCGCUCCGUGCUCCUCGUGUGGGUGGUGGGCGCCUGCCUCAGCAUACCUCAGCUGAUGAUGUUCAGCGUGCAGCUCGGCCCGUUCUACGAGGAGUACUACCAGUGCGUGACGUACGACAUGGGCAGCACCCUGGAGCGCGUGUACAACAUCGUCAACUUCAUGGCGCUGUUCGUCAUCCCGCUGCUGGGCCUCAUCAUCUCCUACCUGUCCAUCUACUGCACGCUGUCCAGAGGCCAGAGGGAGAUCCGGAGCGUGGACAAGAUCAGCAUCGCGACGCACGACCAGAACCGGCAGCGCAGCAUGAAGCGAGCCAUGGUCAAGUCGCGCUGGAUCGCCGUGGUCAUCGUGUGCGCCUACCUCGUGUCCUGGCUGCCGUACUACAUCACCAUGCUCGUGCACUUCCUGUCGCCCUCGCUGCAGGACGAGGUGAGCACGGGGAGUGAAAAUAAGGAGCAUCAAAUGAUUAAGCCAAUUUUUGGCCUAGAUCAUUACUUCUACUAUACUUAG